CAGUUCCGGGGGCGCGAGUGAGUGAGGGAGGGAGAAGGACGACGACCGACAGCGGAGCCCAGUCCAGUCCAGUCGCCCCCCUUCCACAGCCUAAGGCAACAUGUUCCGGAACGGCGUCUCCUCCUCGCACGACAGCGUUUCCCCCGAGAAGAGGAAGCGGGUGGUGAGGGUCUGGUGCGAUGGCUGCUAUGAUAUGGUGCAUUAUGGACACUCCAACCAGCUGAGGCAAGCUCGUUCUAUGGGUGACUAUCUUAUUGUAGGAGUACAUACAGAUGAGGAAGUGUCCAAGCACAAAGGCCCACCUGUAUUUACACAGGAGGAACGUUACAAGAUGGUCCGUGCAAUCAAGUGGGUUGAUGAGGUCAUCGAGGGUGCACCAUAUGUAACAACACUUGAAACACUGGAUAAAUACAACUGUGAUUUCUGUGUUCAUGGAGAUGAUAUAACCUUGACUGCUGAUGGAAAGGAUACAUAUGACGAAGUAAAGAAGGCAGGCAGAUACAGAGAAUGUAAACGCACACAAGGGGUUUCUACUACUGACCUGGUUGGUCGAAUGCUGCUCCUGACUAAAGCUCAUCAUAGCAACAUUGAAAAAAAUUCAGAUUACCAGGAGCACACGGACAACUUUGGCAAGGGACCGAAAGGUCACAGCCCGUGGACUGGAGUGUCUCAGUUUUUACAGACCUCUCAAAAAAUUAUUCAGUUUGCAUCUGGAAAAGAGCCUCAACCGAAUGAUACUAUAAUCUACGUGGCAGGAGCAUUUGAUUUGUUCCAUAUUGGUCAUGUAGACUUUCUCGAAAGUGUGUACAAGUUGGCAGAGAGGCCUUAUGUUAUUGUUGGUCUGCAUUUUGAUCAAGAAGUCAACCGAUACAAAGGCAAGAAUUAUCCAAUUAUGAAUGUGCAUGAAAGGACACUCAGUGUACUGGCCUGCAGGUAUGUCUCUGAAGUAGUCAUCGGAGCACCUUAUUCUGUGACUGCGGAUUUGGUGGAUCACUUCAAGGUUGACUUGGUCUGUCAUGGUAAAACAGAAGUAAUGGCCGACAAGGACAAUUCAGAUCCAUAUGCGGAGCCUAAAAGACGCAACAUCUUCAAAACCAUCCACAGUGGUGGAAAAAUCCUGGGUGCUGUCGAUGUGGAGUUUGCACGUUCUCCCUGCGACGGUGUGGGUUUCCUCCGGGUGCUCCGGUUUUCUCCCACAUCUCAAAGGACAUGCAGGUUACAAUUUGAGGCAAGAAACCAAAAGAAAGAAGCGAAAGAGCUGGCUGCAAUAGAAGCAAUCAAGAAGAAAGCCGACGAACAAAUUAAAGAAAUCCCAGAGCACAAACACUGUCAGUAGUGCGAUAUGGCACUCGAUUGUGAUGGGCAUUUACAUCAUUACACUAAAUCUAAUGAAUCAUCUUACUUCAGCACUGUUUUUUAUUAUGUUUACCAGAUUUUGGUAUUUCAGAUUUGCAGUGGGUUUGUUUGGCAAUAAUUUUUAAUAGUAGUUUUAAUUUAAAAUUAUGGGAUGCACGAAACGUAUGGGGGUACUAAACAUAUGAGAGUACUAAGGCAGCUGCUUGUAAGUGUAUGGUUGGUUAGUGAAUGUGUUUACAGUGCAGUAACAACUUUGAAGAAUAUAAUUUAAGAUUACAUAUUCUAUAUUCAGUUCAUUGAAUGUAAAAGAUCUGAUAUUGUAGACUUUUCACAAAAUCUAUUGCACUUAAAAGGCGAUUGGAUUUUAUUUAUGUAUCAUGCUGCUUUUCUAUUUAUAAAGGUAUUUUAAGGUGCAAUUGAAAAUCGAGACGGAUUUAAUGUUUACCAACAAAACAACAGUAACAAUCGAUUUGCAGAUAAUAAGCCACGGUUUAUUUUUUAAUUUCCUCUAUUCACAGUGCAGGAAGCAAUUUCAAAUCUUUAAGUUUGUUGAAUAAAAACUUUAAGGGGUACCUCACCACUGCUCCCAGUCCCGGCCAAAAGAUAACCCUCGGUGGUUUUGAAGAAUAACUUGGCACUGAUGGAAUUUUUGAUUCGUUUUUUUUGCAUAUGUAGUGGUUCUGAUUAAUGCUAUAGUUCUGACUCUUAUCUGAUGAACACUAUGUACUUUGGUAACUAUUAUUUCAGGGGACCACACAGCACUUCAAUAGAAGUCUGCAAUACACACUGUCCAAUAAAUUCUAGUUACUCGUAUAAACAAUGGUAUGAUGGUAAAUAUAUUAGAAAUAUUCGAAUUCUCUUUUCACAACAGUUUGAAGAAAAUAAAAGUUCAAAAUGUCUGCAUUUUUCUUUAGAUCUGGUUUGUAUUCCAGCAUUUGGCAAUGUAAAUAGCUUGAACAAAGUUCUUGCUCUUAAGGUUCAUCUAAUUAGAAGUUAUGGUGUACCAUUUAAUGUCAUUUUAUUUUGAAUUUUACACCUACCCAUUCAUGGUCCACAUUCUCCAAUAAUUAGGUGAAGAUGACUAACAUUGAGAACUAGUUGAGCUAUGAAACUGAGCCAAUAACACUAUAACGUCAGGGUAUUAUUUUAAUGUGUGUCACUAGAUACUCAAGUAAAUAAUAUUUGUUGUUAUCCUUUGCAUACUGUGAAUUUUUUUGUGUAAUGAUUAUGUUCUGUAAAUUUGUUUAUCACUGUUCUAGUUUGUUUCAUUUUUUUGCUUCUGAGUUCAUUUAAAGAUCUUGUUUUAUGUUUAACUCCAAAGUUAUACUUUUAUGAAUGUAUGUCCUGACAAACCUGUGUCCAUAAAGCUUUGAAAUUAAAUGUCAACUUCACACCAGUGGUGAUUUAA